AUGACUACAUACACCUGGCAAGUGUUGGCUAUCUACAUGGUCUUAGCUACAAACCUCUCCAAGCAGCAAGUGCUGAAGCAAGCUUGUCCUUCAUGUGAUGCCAGUCAGAUUUGCAACUGCUCCUUCAUGGGCUUGGACUUCAUUCCCCCGGGGCUCAUGGCUGAAAUCACAGUGUUAAACCUAGCCCACAACAGGAUACAGUGCAUCCAAUCCCAGGACCUGAAGCAGGCUGUGAACCUGAGAGCCCUGCUGCUGCAGUCCAACAAAAUCAGCUCCAUAGAAGAGGACUCGUUUCAGUCCCUGGCAAAACUGGAGCUCUUGGACUUAUCAAAUAACAGCUUGGUUCACUUGUCCCCUCUGUGGUUUGGGCACCUUUUCUCACUUCAGCACCUCCACCUUCAAGGCAAUUCCUACAGAGACCUGGGGCAGAGCUCCCCCUUUUCUGGCCUGAGGAACCUGACCUCUCUCCGCCUGGGCAACCCGCAGUUCUCUGUGAUAAGGCAAGGGAACUUUGAAGGCAUUGAGCUUCUGCACAAGUUGUGGAUUGAUGCUAGCAAUCUCAGUCAGUAUGAGCAGGGAAGUUUGAACUCAAUUAAGACGGUAAAUCAUAUGAUCCUAAACAUAACAAGUAUUAAUGUAUUCUCAGAAAUUGUUAGGGACAUUCUGCACUCUGUUGCUUGGUUGGAAGUGAGAAGAAUAGCGUUCAGCACUGCUGCAGAAAUGGAAGUAUUGAGAAUCAUGUCUUCAUCUUUUGCGAAAAAAAUUACUUUUAGACAGGCCUUACUAACAGAUGCUACUGUUCCGAAGAUUGUCAGCAUUUUAGAAGACAUGCCAAAAUUAGUGGAGCUGGAGCUGGUAGACUGUAGACUCUUGGGAACUGGACAAUGGAAAAUGCAAAUUCAAGCAAAUCAGUCACAGACACUUAGAGUUUUAACAAUAGAGAACUUAUCUAUAGAAGAAUUUUACUUGUUUACAGAUCUUCAGUCGGUGGAAGGUCUACUGUCUAAUUUUACGAGAGUCACAGUUCAAAACACCAAGGUUUUUUUGGUACCAUGCAGAAUUUCACAACAUCUUCUGUCUUUAGAAUAUCUAGACCUUAGUGCAAAUUUGCUUGGAGACCAAAGUUUAGAACAUUCAGCCUGUCAGGGUGCUUGGCCAUCAUUACAAAUUUUAAAUCUAAGUCAGAAUUCACUGAGUGACUUAGAAAUGACAAGUAAAAGUUUGUCUCAUCUAGGAAACCUAAUUGUUUUAGACAUUAGCCAAAAUAAUUUUGGUGAGAUUCCAGAUGGGUGUGAAUGGCCAAAAGCCCUGAAAUAUUUAAACCUCUCCAGCACUCAAAUUCCUAAAGUAACAAUGUGCAUUCCUGAAACGUUGGAAGUUUUGGAUGUUAGUGGAAACAACCUGAAGGAGUUUGGACUGGAGCUGCCCAUGCUGAAAGAGCUGUACCUCUCAAGAAACCAGCUGAAGACCCUGCCGGGUGCCGCACCUUUCCCAAACUUAGUGGCCUUGUCCGUCAGAAGAAACAAGCUGAACAGUUUCUCCAAGCAGGAGUUUGAGUCCUUCAAGAGAAUGGAGCUGCUGGAUGCCAGUGACAACAACUUCAUCUGCUCCUGUGAGUUCCUCUCCUUCAUCCACCACGAAGCCGGGAUAGCCCGGGUGCUGGUGGGGUGGCCGGACAAGUACGUGUGUGACUCUCCGCUGGCGGUGAGAGGGGCGCAGGUUGGCGCCGUGCACCUCUCCCUGAUGGAGUGCCACAGGUCCCUGGUGGUGUCGCUGAUCUGUGUCCUGGUGUUCCUGGUCGUCCUGGUGCUGGUGGCAGUCGGCUACAAGUACCACGUGGUCUGGUACCUGCGGAUGACGUGGGCAUGGCUGCAAGCCAAGCGGAAGCCCAAGCGCGCCCCGCCGAAGGACGUGUGCUACGACGCUUUUGUCUCCUACAGCGAGAACGACUCCGACUGGGUGGAGAACACCAUGGUGCAGGAGCUGGAGCAGGCCUGCCCUCCCUUCCGGCUCUGCCUGCACAAGCGGGACUUUGUGCCUGGGAAAUGGAUUGUGGACAACAUCAUCGACUCCAUUGAGAAGAGCCACAAAACGCUCUUUGUGCUGUCCGAGCACUUUGUGCAGAGCGAGUGGUGCAAGUACGAGCUGGACUUCUCGCACUUCCGCCUCUUUGAUGAGAACAACGAUGCGGCAAUUCUCAUCCUCCUGGAGCCCAUCCAGAGCAAAGCGAUUCCCAAGAGGUUCUGCAAGCUGCGGAAGAUCAUGAACACAAAGACUUACCUGGAGUGGCCUGCUGGUGAAGAGCAGCAGCAGGUGUUUUGGUUUAAUUUGAAAAUAGCUCUAAGAUCCUAG